UUUAAGUAUCACUUCCUGUCCCAAAACCAAAAGACUUGAGAGUGUGUCUUUAGAGAGAGAUCUUCUCUCUUUUAUCUUACGACUCUCACUUCUUAUCUCAAAUCUACUUCAACUCUAUUUCCAGUCUCCACAUUUUCCCACAAAUUUCAACUCUUGUUCUCUUCCUCCAAAGUAAAAAACAAAACACUGCAAGUAAGUAAGUUCUGUUCAUAUUCCUCUGUUUUUUUUUGUUUGUGUGUUUGUCAGAUCCAUUCUCUAUAGCUUGUGAGCUGUGACCAUUGUAUAUAUGAGACUUGUUUUUGCUAAUGGGCACUUGUAAAUCUCUCAAAGAUCUGAUCUUUCGAUGAAUUUUCUGCACAACUGUUUUUUCCCCCAACUUUUCUCGAACUCGAAAUUUUUGAUUCAAAGUUUCGAUCUUUGGAAAAACUGAUGUUGUUGAAAUCAACAACUGUUGAUGUUGAGAGCUAUAUUUUUAGCGUUAAAACAAAUGAGAGUAGUUGCGUCUCAUGUCUUCCAAAUUCAACUUUUUUGACCUAGUGGGAUGCUUUUAGGGGAUGCUUUAGUUUUGGGGACCCAUAAAUCAAAUCACCUAUGAAAAAAAUGUGAUAAUGCAACAGAACUUGCACUGUGUUGUGUUAAAGUGUUUAUUUUCAGAUCUCAUCGAUCCAUUUCUUCUAAAUCUUAAUUCUUGUGUGUAUUGUAUUGAUCAAAGAUCCAAACUUUCAUUGCUGAUCCAGCCGUUUUAGUCUUCAGUUAGGCUUCCAUAUUCAUUACAAAGUCAUGUUUUUGUUGUUUCAUAGUGAAAUAAAUAAGAACCUUCUAUAGUUGAUUCACUGAGUGUUUGAUCUGAUUAUAUACUUGGUUUCACUGAAUGUACAGGUGAGGUUUGGUUUUGGUGUUAUAGAAUUAUGAAGAGCGGGAAGCAAUCUUCGCAACCUGAAAAGGGUACUUCCAGGAUCUUGUCACUGACUGUCCUGUUUAUCGCAUUUUGCGGUUUCUCCUUCUACCUCGGUGGUAUAUUUUGCUCUGAGAGAGACAAGAUUGUAGCCAAGGAUGUCACAAGGACGACUACAAAGGCUGUAGCUUCCCCUAAAGAACCUACAGCUACUCCUAUUCAAAUCAAAUCCGUUUCUUUCCCGGAGUGCGGGUCAGAGUUCCAAGAUUACACCCCGUGCACCGAUCCAAAGAGGUGGAAGAAGUAUGGUGUCCAUCGCUUAAGUUUCUUGGAGCGUCAUUGUCCUCCGGUAUAUGAAAAGAAUGAGUGUUUGAUUCCACCACCAGACGGGUAUAAACCGCCUAUAAGAUGGCCCAAGAGCCGAGAACAGUGUUGGUACAGGAACGUGCCUUAUGAUUGGAUCAAUAAGCAAAAGUCUAACCAGCAUUGGCUUAAGAAAGAAGGAGAUAAGUUCCAUUUCCCUGGUGGUGGUACCAUGUUCCCUCGUGGAGUUAGUCACUAUGUUGAUUUGAUGCAAGAUCUGAUUCCUGAAAUGAAAGACGGAACAGUCAGGACCGCCAUUGAUACUGGCUGUGGGGUUGCGAGCUGGGGAGGCGAUCUUUUGGACCGUGGGAUACUAUCACUCUCUCUUGCUCCAAGAGAUAACCAUGAAGCUCAGGUUCAAUUUGCUCUUGAACGUGGAAUUCCUGCGAUUCUCGGGAUCAUCUCUACGCAACGUCUCCCUUUUCCUUCAAAUGCAUUUGAUAUGGCUCAUUGUUCAAGAUGUCUUAUUCCCUGGACAGAAUUUGGUGGAAUCUAUUUACUUGAGAUUCACCGUAUAGUUCGACCUGGAGGUUUUUGGGUUCUUUCUGGUCCACCUGUGAACUAUAAUAGACGAUGGCGUGGAUGGAACACAACCAUGGAAGAUCAGAAAUCUGACUACAACAAGCUUCAGUCACUUCUAACCUCCAUGUGUUUCAAAAAGUACGCUCAAAAAGAUGACAUAGCCGUGUGGCAGAAACUCUCAGACAAAUCUUGCUAUGACAAAAUCGCUAAGAACAUGGAAGCUUACCCUCCCAAAUGUGACGACAGUAUAGAACCUGAUUCUGCUUGGUACACUCCACUCCGUCCUUGCGUGGUUGCCCCGACACCUAAAGUCAAGAAGUCUGGUCUCGGAUCAAUCCCAAAAUGGCCCGAGAGGUUACAUGUCGCGCCCGAGAGAAUCGGUGAUGUUCACGGAGGGAGUGCGAACAGUUUGAAACACGAUGAUGGUAAAUGGAAGAACAGAGUUAAGCAUUACAAGAAAGUUUUACCAGCUCUUGGGACAGACAAGAUAAGAAAUGUUAUGGAUAUGAACACUGUUUAUGGAGGUUUCUCUGCGGCCCUCAUUGAGGAUCCCAUUUGGGUCAUGAACGUUGUAUCAUCGUACAGCGCAAAUUCGCUUCCUGUUGUCUUUGAUCGCGGUCUCAUCGGGACUUACCACGACUGGUGCGAAGCUUUCUCAACGUAUCCAAGAACAUAUGAUCUUCUUCACCUCGACAGUCUUUUUACCUUGGAGAGUCACAGGUGUGAGAUGAAGUACAUUUUGCUAGAGAUGGACAGGAUCUUGCGGCCGAGUGGAUAUGUUAUAAUCCGAGAAUCGAGUUAUUUCAUGGACGCAAUCACAACGUUAGCGAAAGGGAUAAGGUGGAGUUGCCGGAGAGAGGAGACUGAGUAUGCAGUCAAAAGUGAGAAGAUUCUGGUUUGCCAGAAAAAGCUAUGGUUUUCGUCAAACCAAACCUCUUGAUGAGACCACCUGUAUCAUAGUGUUUAUCAUCUCCUGUGAUGCACACUACAGAGAGAAGGAUCUAGUCCUUUGAGUCCAAGAUAUAGCUCUAUAAACAAUCUCCUUUUUUUGUUCUCUUUAAUUUCUUGGGUAUUUCACGGUAUAGAUUGAUAUUAUAUAUUUUUUAAUUAUAUUUUUAAUAUAUAGAUAUAUUAGUAUGUGGUUUAAACACUAUUAUUAUCAAGGUCUUAAAGAUUUGCUUUGCAAGAGUUAAAAAAUGUUGGAGUAAGGACCUCUUGAUUAAUAAAUUGACUGACGCAGCAAGUUGUAUCAUGUCUUCAAGGAAACCCGAAAAUCACCUAUAUGUUGGUGGCAGAAUAAUGCUAUCUGGAAGAUGAAUGGAUAUGACCAGAUUCAGGGUGGAUAAAGAGCAAGUAUGCAUGCAAGUUUGAUCAAAUGACUUCUUUUCGCUGGACUGCCACUAAGGACUUAAGAUCAUAUUUAUGGGUUACUCGAUCCAAACUACGAUCGGCAUUGGAAGCUCAAGUUUGGUGCUCUUUUAGAAGGAUAUUUAACCAUGAUGUCAAAUAGAGCAUAACUAGAUCAGAGAUGGUUGACACAUUUUGGAGAGAAGCGACUCAUUUAUAUCUUUUAAGUUAACUGAAAAAGUUAAUGAAAGUAGAAAGAUGGAAA